AAUGUGUAACAAAUUAAGUGGUUUUUUUUAAUGGGGGCUUUAAAAUUGAUACUGAUUAAUGUAUCUCGUGUUGUAUUAGAAAAUAUGAUCGAAUUUUCCCAGAUGUACGCGACACCCAGAGCGGUUGCGCGAGUUCCAGCAGAAUUUCCACAGAAAUUUUCCCAGAACACCCCCAGUGUCCGGUCAAAGGUCGUUGGGGGUGAGUACGGAUGCUUUUCCCCACAUUUCCGGCAUAUUUUCAAGAACGUAAACGCUUUUGGACUUAAAAUGUGAGUGAUUCGGACUCGAUUUGCGAAGAACCCUUCAAGAGUACCUCGAAAUGAUAACAAGAGUUUGCAUAAAAAGUACAAAUGAAGAUGCGUGAUGGAACUAGAAUUUCCUGCAAGGAAAUUAUUGGUUCGAUUGGUUUAUACGUGUCAUAUAAUGUGCUUGGUAACAAGCCAAUUAACCAAAAAGGAAGAUAUAGAAAAGAGUCUUCAGAUAAUCCACGACGUCGCAACCAGCAAUUUGGGGGAGUUAUGUGUAACGACGCAAUUUUCUCCUCUUUACGUUCCAUUGGAUACAACAAAAUUCGAAGCCACUCGCCAGAAAGCAGAUUUGGCAGCCACUCUUCUGUUAGAUCUUGGAAUAUCACAUCACAACGAUCUUCAAGAUGUCAUCCCAAAAGAUCUCAUCGUAUCCGACAUAAACAUAAUAUCCGCACGAGUUUUGGCAAUCAAUUCAUCAACGAGGGAAUUACGAAAUUGUAUUUGGUGGCAAAGACAAGGUUUGGAAAUGGGUGGUCCAACAAAACUUAAAGAAGGCAUACCAGAAAUUGGACAAAAACUUUCAUCGGAUUACCCUUGGUACGCGGACGCAGAUUCAACUCCAAGUCUUCGAUCGCCAAAAUUUAUUUCAAGCCCCCCCGAUAUUUCGUACCGAGGAUGGUGGACGUUUCCUUAUUACUCUUGUUCAGCGCGAAAAUGGUUAAUGUCUUAUAGCGUCUCAAUACCACCACCAGGAAGACACGGAUUGAAAGGAUUUUUAAGUUUAGACGUGGAUAUAUCGAAAUUUGAGGUGAAUCAAUGCGAAAUGAAAUUGAUUUCAACCCCGACGGAAAUUGAAGCUUUUCACGGAUCUCAUAAAUGUCAUAAUAAAACCUCAAAAUGUUAUUAUAAACCGACUAAAACGUAUAUGAGUUGGACACGAGGGAGUUAUCAAUGUGUAUGCAGGGAUGGUUAUUAUUCACCACAUCAUAAUGGAAUUUUUAAUGGAACUCUUGUUGAAGUGGCAUUUAAUGCAAUGAAAGAGAACAGUAGUCCAUUUUGGGGAGACAUUUUUCACUGUUUACAAUGCGCUCCGGGUUGUGAAACUUGCAUCGGUCCUCAACCAUGUUUGGCAACUUAUCAUUGGGCUUUCAGGGUUACUUUAUUAGUAUUUAGCGUAACCUGUGCAAUUUGUACGGUAAUCUUAAUCAUUUACAUGUUUCGUCAUCGAAAAUUAAAAGUUUUUAAAGUUGCCAGCCCAAUUUUUUUAGCAAUAACUUUGUUGGGUUGUGCUACAAUGUACCUUGAGAUGGCGGCUAUAUUUCCGGUUUUAGACAUGUAUUCAUGUAUAGCAACUAAAUGGUCGAGACAUUUAGGAUUUUGUAUAACUUACACUGCUUUAUUAAUGAAGACGUGGAGAGUUUCAUUAACGUACAGAGUUAAAUCUGCGCAUAAAGUAAAAUUAACCGACAAACAGUUAUUGCAAUGGAUGGUCCCCAUAUUACUUGUGAUGCUCAUUUAUUUAAGUACAUGGACGUUAUCGGCCACUCCAGCGGCCGAAGUCAUCACGGAUUCCGUUGGAUUAAAAUUUAAUCAGUGUACUUAUAAUUGGUGGGAUCACAGUUUGGCUAUUGGGGAAGUUCUUUUUUUAGCUUGGGGAAUUCGGGUUUGUUACAAUGUGCGAAACGCCGAAUCGCUUUAUAACGAAGCGCGAUUAAUUAGCUAUGCUAUUUACAACAUCGCCGUUGUUAAUAUUGCUAUGGUUGCUUUUCAUUUAUUAAUAUUUCCGAAAGCUGGACCGGAUAUAAAAUACCUCUUAGGAUUCAUUCGAACUCAACUUUCAACCUCAGUAACAAUUGGUUUAGUUUUUGGGCCAAAAGUAGUUCGAGUUCUCCGCGGUCAAGGAGACCAAUGGGAUAACAGGGCGAGAUCUCGCGGUGUUACAGCUUCAUUUUCGUUAAACGGAAUCGGUUUAGUUUCUGAGGAAGCCCCCGAUUUAUACCAAGAAAACGAAGAGUUAAAGGAAGAAAUUCAAAAAUUGGCCGCACAAAUCGAAUUUAUGAAAAUUGUUCACAUGGAAACUAAUAAUCGGCAUGUUAAACCGAAAAUUGGAGGUUAUUUUAGCAACUUAAACGCCCCCGUUAUUCAUAGUCCUUUAUCGAAGCAAGGAUGUCUUCUAUCAAAACCUCCAGAAGAACUGUGACUUUGUAAUAGCAGCGGUGAAGAAUGGUUUAUGUUGGACCGAAAUGGAAGCAAAAAAGACACGCGAAAACCGAUUUAUGUGUGAAGAAAUUGUAUAUAAAACGUUUUAGAUGUUAUUCGUGGGAAUGAUUUAAACAAAAAUGUUGCAUUCUCACUUGCUGCCUUGUGUCGCUUCGUUUGCGUAAGUAUUUUUCCUCUAGACUUUUUUUUAUUGAAUCGAUUUAAUUGUAAUUAAAUCGCUCCGUUGUGUAAUAAUGUAAAUACUUAAAAAGCUUAAAAAGUUAACUUUGAAAUUUCAAAUUAUUUUUAUAUCUAAAAGGAAUAUUUUUUCUAACAAAAGUUUCUUCCAAAAAAUAAACAGCGUUAAUAAUUCUAAAAAAUGCGCAGAAAUUAUGUGUUAUUAGAAAGAAAAGAAAAUGUAUUAACCGUUUAUAAUCCGAAAAAAUAAUUUCUUUAAUUCAUUAAAAUAAAUUACAAUAAAUCGGAUUAUAAAAGGUAAUUACAUAGACAAUAACUCUUCAAGAAUCUGGUUCUUUCCUUUCUCCUUUAAAAUUAAAUGUUCCACUAAGUCUAGAGGUGGAAGUGCAUAGUAAAAAAAAGAGUACAAAAUCAAUCUUAGUUAUUUACUCCUAGAGGUUUAAAUGAAUUAAUCUUUCAGUAUACGCGCUUAUACAGUCACGUGAGUCCGUAAUUGUUCUAAAAUUUGUUAUACAGUGCUUCCCAAAAGUAACGGAUUUAAAUUAUUUGCAAUUUUUUG